GAUAAUUAUGUACUUGGCUACGAUCGUUCAACCACCCCAAUCCAGGGAUCUGUCUGUCUUGACAACCCCGUUUACGCUCAAAUCGGCCAUACGGAAUAACCAUGAUAAUAUCUCAAAGAGUUUAGAGAAUUCCGCUUGUCGCCAUCCGACCUCUUCACCCUCGUCGCGCGGUAAUCUCUCUCUUCCUCACCCUUACGCUCCAAACGAUUGCAUCCGCAUACGGACGUCUCCCAGUGCCUCCGACUCUCUGUCUCUCACACCAAGACGGACACUAGGCAAAAAACACUUCGGGUAUUGAAAAGAAAAACACAUAACAUCCCCCGAAAACAUGGACGCACAUGCCCUUCUGACGUCGCAGGGCUGGCGGGGAGCAGGCCACUCCCUGCACGCGACCUCGGACGCGAUCGGGCUAUCGAAGCCGCUCCUCCUGAACCGGCGCGACGGGAACAAGGGCCUGGGGCAGAAGGCGCACUUCACGAGCGACAUGUGGUGGAUGAGCGCGUUUGACGAGCAGCUACAGGGGCUGAGCACCACGACUACGUCGGAGGGCAAGGUUGGUGUCGUGCAGGCCGUUACGCAAGGGAGGAUCAACGCGGUCGAGAUGGGGAAGGGCGGGAGGUGGAGUUUGGGAGGGUGUUUUGUGCGGGGUGGGCUCUUGCAGGGCACGGUUUCUUCUUCGGACCAGAGCGCUGAGAGCAGUGGGGGCAGUGGGAGCAGUGGGAGCGGGAGCAAGAGCGGCAGUGCGAGCUCUGGGGAUUCCACGCCUUUGACGGUAGAGGAAACAGAACAAGAGACUGGCGAGAAGACGGAGACCAAGGAAGAGAGGAGGGCGAUGAGAGCUGCUCGGAGGGCGGACAAGGAGGCGAGGAGAAUAAGGAAAGAGCACAGAAGGAAGAGAAAAGAGGAGAGGCGGAAGAGGAGGAGGGAUACGAAGGCCGCGUGGAAGGCGUCUGGAAAAUCAGAAAGGGAGAGGGACGAGACCAAGGAAGAGAGGAGGGCGAGAAGGGAGGCGAAACGGUUACGACGGUCAGCCCAGAAAGCUGCUCGAGGCUACCGAACAGCUGGCACGGCAAUCUACAGUCUGGCUGUUGGCAUUGGAGGGAUAUUUGGACAGAGGCGUAUGGGUUCCAGAGAACCACAGUCCCACGAGCGAGCCAAAGAAUAUUCGACAACGUCUCUUGGUCGACAUAACAGCCUCCAACCAUGCCGCACCUCAAUUCGAAAUCCGACACCCGAAUCCAGUCUGAAAGACCUCUGUGGAGACCGAUAUUCUCCAUCCAUCGUGUUGCCGUCGUGGAGAAUCGCCGGGCAAUACAUCACAUCGUUUGACGAAUCUCAACUUGGUGGCACCCGGUUGAGGUUUUCUAUUGUUGUUUGA